AUGGCUAUUCCACCAGAACUUAUCACUUUAGCUGAUCAGACCACUCAGUGCGUAAUAGACUAUAGUUCGGAAGCUACUGAAUCCGACAAUGAGGCAGAUUCUGGUGAUGAUCAWGAUGAUGAUGAUGGAGCAGAUGAUCGUGUUCAAUCUAUUCCUGCUCAAAAUAUUCCUACUCAGAAUAUUCCUAUUGGAACUUUUGUUGAUGACAUUAAUGACAUAUUUCCUGAAUAUUCAUCACAACAACGUUGUCAAAGUCUGAAAGCUAAUUGUGAUGCCAUCAAUAAUGAUGAUGAUGAUGAUGAUGUCGUGGUUACUGAUGUUGCUACUGCAUAUCAUGAAGACCUUCAUCAUUCUACUUCUGCAUUGGCAAAUGUUGGUGAUGAAGAUGAUGCAGAAGAUGAUGAUGAUGAUAAGGAUUUUGAACCUCAACUUCCAGAUGUAGGCACUGAUCUUGGUACUGACGAUGAUGACGACGAUGAUGAUUUUUGCAUCCAAGCCAUCCCAAGACAACCAACAAAAGAAAUCUCCAUCCAUAAACCUUCUUUCAAGGGGGAGAAAUCAUCAGGGAACCAACACUCCACUGACAAAGGCAAAUGA